AUGGCUGCAAAAAUGGAAAAGAUCAGAAGAGAAGUGGAGAUACGCGCGUCCGGAGAGCUAGCCGAAAACGUUGUUACGAUAUUGUUAAGAUCUCUCGGAAGCUAUGAAGGAAUCAAUGCCAUCAGAGAAAUUUUCGCGAAUUGUCCGUUUGCCGCUACGGAAGAACUUCUUAGAGAUCUUGCUGAGUACAGAACGUACGAGAAUAAGAAUGUUUCAAUGGCAGCUCGAGCCCUUAUUACCUUAUUCCGUGCUGUGAACCACCGAUCACUUCUAGCAAAGACCGCGGUAGACCCUCCGACAGUGGAGAGAAGAAAGAAUCCUUCGCUUUUGUGGAACCUGCAGUUUCCGAAUUUGUCACCGAUGCGGAUACUUUGGAGGAACACCGAGAAGGUAGGGGCGAAAUGGAAGUUGAUGCUUGUAGUAGUGAUAGUAGCUUAG